AUGAGUCAUCUUCCAGGAGUAUUGUUCUUCUGGAAAGAUCUGGAAAGACCAAUUGAUAUAAUACUUCUCCAGUCAGAUCAGUCCAAGAGUUUCAAUAAUAUCAUAAAGGAAGAUCUGUUUGACUGUGUGGUAUACACACCACAAUUGAGUGAAGAGCAGACCCCACAACCAAACACUGGUUCCUUCUUGCUAAUGAACCUGGCAAGUUAA